AUGGCCGCCAACCAGCAGUUCUGCCUGAAGUGGAACAACCACCACAGCAACCUGCUGAACGUGUUCGAAGCGCUGCUGCACACGGAGGCGUUCACGGACGUGACGCUGGCGGUGGACGGCGCCUCCAUCAAGUGUCACAAGAUGACGCUGCUGGCCGAGCACGUCACCACGCAUCCGAUCGUCGUGCUCAAGGACAUUCGCCUGCACGAGAUGCGCGCCCUGCUCGAGUACAUGUACCGCGGUGAGGUGAACGUGGCGCAGGAGCAGCUGGGCUCGCUGCUCAAGGUGGCCGAGACCCUCCAGAUCAAGGGUCUGGUGGAGGAGGCGGCGGCGGCGGCGGCGGCAGCAGCAGCGGCCGCCGCAGCUGCCGCCGAGCUGCAGAAGAAGAAGCGGCGACCGCAGGAGGUCUGGUGCGAGAGCAACCCGAUCCUGCGCACGGUUUUGGGCCAUGGCGGCAUGUCGGGCCUGGACGUGCCGUCGCUGAUGGCUGCCGCCAUGGGCCGCGAGAUCAUGGACCGCGAGUUCGCCGACAGACAGGUCAUGUCCAGCACGGGGUCGGAGGAGAACCACGGCACGCCCAGCACGCCGACCAGCGAGCCCGACAUAGACAAGAUCAGCAACGGCUCCGUGGGCGAGAUGCCGCCCCACUGGGACUCCAAUUUGUCGAGCUACAUGAACAACUACAUAAACUUCGCGCCGACGCCGAUGCGGCCCGAGUGGAAGCGGUACAAGCAGUACAGCAAGACGGACCUGCAGCAGGCGCUCGACGCCGUCAAGGGCGGCAUGACCGCCCUCCAGCGGCAGCGCAGAGCGUCGCGCAAGUUCCACGUGCCGUCUCGCACGCUCUACGACAAGAUCAAGAAGCUGGGCAUCCCGACCAUGCCGCGCCGCUACCCGCGCUCCCGCGAGCUCGGCGAAGACGGCAUCAAGCGACACCGCGACGAGUCGGACGAUGCCCGCGAGCUGGACGUGGUGGCCUAG